AUGGCACCACGUACCGCGACCAACGCGCCCGCGCCCUCGGCGAACCACACGCCUACGGGCCCCUCCGCAUCCGGCCUCCCGGCCCGGAAAGCUCUACCCAAGUUCAAGAAGAAGACGGCUGAAGAGAAGGAGAAGGAGAGGAAGGAGAAAGAGGAGGAGGAGAAGAAGGAGAAGGAGAAGGAGAGGGAGGAGAAGGAGAGGGAGAGGGAGAGUAGGAAGGAGAUGGAUCUGGAGCCCGGCGAGGUUGCCGCCUCACCCGCAACAUUGCCCUUGCGUCCGAUGCAUGGGCCGCGUUCGCGCCCGUCACAGGCGCCACCUUCGCGCCCCACGCGCCCUUUGCCCCGCCGCGCGAAUCAACCAACACAAUCGCUCCCGCCCCACGCAUCGCUGCCGAGCAAACCACAAGCGGCGCAGAUGCGCAAGCCCCAGCCCGCCAAAGCGCGCAACCACAAAACGGGCAGUUCCAAGCCCGCGAGGAAGCCCACGCCGAAGGACUUGGAGGCGCUGAAGAAGACCCUACCGUCGGUUGCGCGCACGCAGGACCUCGCGCACUCAAGAGCGUCAACUGCAGCGUCUACCGCUGCAGCGGCCCCAAAGUUGCCUGUCAAGCGCCAGGCGCCUGCCGGAUAUACGGCAGCUGCGCGAUGGCAGGCUGGCGCCUUGUUCGCCUACAAUACCUCGGAGUUGCCGCCGGAUCCAGACACCGCCCCGCCUUCCGGUUCCGUGUAUACGGACGCCCUUCUGGGCCCUUACGAGCACAUGCGCCAGCCUCAGCUCUUCAACGCUCGCGCUUCGUACAUGGCGUUCAUACGCCAACCAAACGCCGAAAACUUCGACUCGCUGGACCAUCAUCGCUGGGAUACAUCAAUGGAGGGGGAGGACUUCAUCGAAGUCCCGGCGGCUGAACGCGUGCAGAACUUGCGGGACAAUUUCGCGGCCACCGUCCGGCUCCUCCAGGAGGUCUUCUCUUCGGACGUGCUGCUUAAGGACGACUUCGCAUGGGAGACGCUCGGCAUCAUGAUGCUACCUGAGGUUGCUGUGGGGACUAUGUGGAAGGCCCAGGUCAUGUUGAGGUACGAACAGGAGUUCCAGUUCCUGCAGCAUCCGCAGGACCGCGACCUUGCCUGGCGCCAGUUUCAGCGCAGUGCGCUCAUCGUUGAAGCCUUCUUAUUCGAGUGCACCAUACUCUUGCGCGACGUCGAUCACCCAACCAUCAAACGUCUCCUCGAGUACAUCAACCAGUACAAGGAGGACUUCGGCGAUGGGCCGAAGCGCGGCGCGAUUCUUACCGGGGACGACAUCUCGUCGUACCACUCGUUCCUCGUCGGCGCCGGGGUGCCUACGUUCGUCCUCAUCCCGUUCGAGGAGCUCGUAGCCCCCGACAACUUGAAGUACUCGCCGACGAGUAAAUGGCGCUGCUCUACAGAGAUCGACGCAAAGCUCAGCUCGAUCAAGCAGAAGGAUCUCCCGCGCUCUUGGUAUCCGGCAAAGGGUGUCGCGUGGGAGAUGUGGGAGAUCUUAGCCAUCUCGGGUGUAUCCUCGCCGCGCGAUGAUGCGGAAGGUGUGGAGAAGGAUGAUGAGGACGAAGACGACGACGAGGACGAGUUCAAGCCGUCCGAUCGGGCUCAGGCGCUCAAGCGAAAGCGUAUCGCCGACGAGGAAUCACGGAAGCGCCUGCGUCUUGAAAAGGAGCAAGAGCAAGAGCUUCGCGAGGAGCUUUUCAGGAAGAAGAACCCCGUAAGGGCUCGCGCCACAACCGCCGAGCGCUACGCUUGGAUCGCCGAAGCCGUCCCCGCUCUUCGUAGCUACUACGACCGACUUACGAUAGUUCGCCCGAAAUACCUGGCGCAUCGAAUCGUCCCCUACGCCCAAGCCGAGAGCGAGAUGCUCGACCACGGCGUCAUGUUGGACUCGGGAACAAAGUCUCAGGCGUCCUACCUUCCGCCCGUCCACAUCAUCAUCGGCGCGAACGAGAAGCGCCAGCUACGCUACCUCGUCAACUUCGUCCACCUGCUGCCGUCCUUCCUCAAGAUCAUCGAGCUCAAGCAGAAGCAUCCCGAUAGUAAUCUCGGUCGCUUUGGGCCGAGAUACUGGAGAAACAUACUCAACAUCAUAUGGGAUGAAACGGACCUGUGGGCUGAGGCGGCCGACGACGAGUACAGCGGCAAGGACUUGUUCCGCGAUCAGUACGAGCAUCUUCGGCGGAAUCCCUCCGAGCGCCCUGCCUGGGGGAAAUUACCUUGCGGGCACGACGUCACAGAAGAGCUCUUGGAGAAGGAUACGCUGCUGAGGACAGGCCUCCUCUUCGAGCUGAACAUGUGGCACCUCCUUCUUUGGCUCCCUGAACUCGUACCUCGCGAUACGCUCACGGCCACGGGCAUCAACAGGCUGAAGGACGAGCACGGCAUUCACUACACGCCCGACUACACCGCCCCCGACCCGAACAAUUCGAACAAGGUCUUGGGCGCCAUCAAACGCGUUGUGCUUGGCGGCCAACCGAUCCGCUCGGACUUCUGGCUGGAACCAUGGUCCGCUGAGGCCGACAGGUUGGACGCUCGCGGUCGAUGGCUUCAGGACAUGGCGAAGUUCUUGUCCGGCGUUCGCGGCGCAGAAGGUCUUGACAGGAAGAAGAGUGGCUCUCGGGAUUGGCCGUACACGAGCGCGGUGCUCGGCAAGAUCAAGACGAAAGGCAUGACUGAGGGAAAGAUGGAUAUCCUCGAGAACCAUCUAUACCUCCGCUAUGCGCUCGCGUCGGUCGCGCGAGGGCACAUGCCCGUCGAAUUCCAGAUCCAGCCGUGCGGCGAUAUCUUGAGCUGCCAGGCGUGUCGGUUGCAAUAUGUGAGGGAACAUGGGGAUAUGAUGCAGCAGCUGGAUGAGCUGCCGGACGAGGGACCGGAAUACUGGUAG